UUUUUUUAACAUUGCUGGGUACCCAUAAUGGAAGGCAAUUGAGUAAGUAAUUCAAGAAAUCCUCCAAGAUCAUAACACUAGCUAGUUAUUUUAAGCGCACGAAAGAUAAGUGGUUAUGUUCCUUAUGAUAUUAGACGCGUCUUGAUAGCCAACACCAAUCGACUUCCUUUGUUCAUCUCACGUCGGUUGUUGUUCUUUGCUACUCAACCUACAGCCAACGAAAGAAAAUGGAUACACAAAGUGACUCAGCAUGAUUGGAAAGGUGUAUGGAUCACUCCUUAUACCAAGAAUACCAAGGAAGCAGAAGAUCAAGCAUUAAAUCAAGACUUGAUCAUCUUAUUUAUACACGGUGGGGGGUUUUCAAUAGGUUAUUCAUACAUGUAUAUGCCAUUAUUUCAGUUUAUCCUCGGUCAGCUUGAGAAGCAAUACAAUAUCAGGGCUAGUCUUCUCUCAUUAGAAUAUAGCCUCAGUCCAGAACAUAAAUGGCCCAUAGCAUGUCAUGAAGCUGUUCAAUCCUAUCGAUAUCUUGUACAUGAACUGGGUAUCAGUCCAUCGAGAAUAGUGCUCAUGGGUGAUAGUGCUGGAGGUAAUCUAGCAUUGACUACACUGAUCAAUCUACGUGAUUUGAGGGUAAAGCGUAAAGAGAAAACACAGAAUACGCCACCCUUACCAUUGCCUGCUGGAAUUGGCUUGAUAUCACCUUGGGUUGAUUUGACAACAGACAUUUAUCCUUCUCGACCAGACUGUGUAUCACCACGCCUGUUGAAUAUGUAUAUCUCAAAUUAUGCCCCUCACCAGAAUCUGACACAUUCGUUGAUUUCGCCUGUUCAUGCUACAUUAGAAGGAUUGUCGAGCUGUCAUUGGCUAGUUACUUACGGCGAACAUGAAAUCAUUCGAGAAAGUAUUCAAACACUGGUAUCUCGUAUUGAGCAGCACAACUACAGUCUAAAGACACUCGUAUGUACAUCUGAAGCGCACGUAUCUAUGACGCAUCCUUUAAUGUCUACUACGCCAGAAGCAUUUAGGCGUGAUGGUGGUACAUUGAUCCAAUGGUUGGCUGAUAUUUCCGCCUAAUAAAAUUCAUUCUACGUCA